UGCCGCAUGCUGGUCGAGGAGGUCGAGCACUUCCAGUUGUCAGGACUGCCUGCCCGUCGGCCAAACUCGAUGAACAACUACGGCCUCAUUCUCAACGAGAUUGGGCUGCGCGCGUCGCUGAGCAGGUUGCAGGCUGCCAUCGCGCCGCUGGCACGCGCCGUGUUCCCCGCCGAGGGCCGCUCUCUUGACGACCACCACAGCUUUGUCGUGUCGUACAAG